UAAUCAUACAACCCUCAAAUAUGAAACAACAUCCUAAUCUGGCACACUUUCAAAAAUUUUUCAAUAAUUAAUAGAAUAACAGUUUUGUAAAAAUUCGAACUUUUACCCCGUUAAACCCCAUCCAUAGCUAUCCAUUUGGCUUAAAAUGGCACCCCCAUCAUAUCCUGACUUGGGAAAGUUAGCACGAGAUCUGUUCAAGCGCGGCUACCAUCCGGGUGUCUGGCAGCUGGACUGCAAGACCAUGAGCAGCCCAGCCAUUGAGUUCUUCACCUCGGGCUUCGCAAGCCAGGAUCACAGCAAGGUGGUCGGCUCCCUGCAGAGCAAGUACAAGAUCGAAGACUAUGGUCUGACGCUGACGGAACGAUGGAAUACCGAUAGUUGGAUCUUUGGCGAGAUCGCGCAAAAGGAUAAGCUGGCACAGGGCCUGAUGCUGGCCUUGGAGGGCAAGUUCCAGCCGAGUUCUGAUUCCAAGGACGGCAAAUUCCGACUGGGCUAUGCCCAGGACAAAUUCAACUUCCUGUCUGACAUGGGUAUCAGCUCGAGUCCGAUCAUGAACUGCUCCCUGGUCUUGGGUCACAAUGAGUUCCUAGGCGGUGUUGGCUGCGCAUUUGAUGUGGGAAACACGUCCCUCAGCAGCUGGAAAGUUGCCUUGGGCUGGGCCAAUGAUAAGGCCACACUCCAUGUUGAGCUAAAGGAUGGGGAGUCCUGGUUAGCCUCGCUCUUCUACAAGCUUAAUGACCAGAUCGAUGCCGCGGUAGAGCUAACCAAAACAGGCGGCGGCGGUGGCGGAGAGAAUUCCCCAGAAGGAGAACCAGAGCAGGGGGGCGGCAGCGAGGUGACCGUCGGGGUGGGCAUGAUAUACCGUCUUGAGGGCGAUGCCCUCAUCCGUGCCAAGAUCAACAGCAAGGCAGAGCUGGGUCUGGGCUAUGAACAGAAGGUGCGGGACGGCGUCACUGCCUCCAUCUCGGCAGUACUGGACGGCCGAAAUAUCAGCGAUGGCAGCCACAAGUUUGGCGUGGGCUUGGCCUUGGAGUGCUAGAAGUGGUUGAAGUGGGAGAAAGGUUAUACAUUGGAUUAAAAUAUAAUAAUUUAACAGUU